AUGGGCAACACGACAUCCUCAGGGCCCAAAAUUACGCCACAGGAUAAGGCAAUAUUGCAACUGAAAUUGCAAAGAGAUAGGCUUCACAAGGUUUCUGUGAAAAUUCAGACAGUCGUUGACAGAGAGACAGAGAUCGCCAAGCAAUGUGUCAAACAAAAUAAUCGAAGAAAAGCCCUCCUGGCUUUGAAAAAGAAGAAAUAUCAACAGAACCUACUUUCAACCGUGGAAAAACAAGCUGAAACGUUGGAAGAGCUGAUAAAUACGAUUGAGUUCAAGCUAAUUGAAAAAGACUUUGUUUACGGCCUGGAACAGGGUAAUCAAGUCCUCAAAAACUUAAACAAAGAACUGAGCAUAGAGAAAGUGGAUAAAAUAUUGGAUGACUCAGAGGAAGGAAUCAGGUAUCAGGAAGAGCUGAGCGAGAGACUAGGAGAACUUAUGUCCAAAAGUCUAGAAGACGAGGUGGAUCUGGAGCUCGCGGAACUGGAAAAACAGGAAAGAGCAAAGGAGGCUCCCAAAAAAGAUGUCGCAUCCCAGCUUCCAGACGUUGUCAACAAACCUUUGCCCGAUAUCAAACCGAAGCAACCAGAAGAGCGCGAAGAGGAGCAGCCCGCCACACUUCCUGCAUGA